AUGACCGAGAAUGGCCACGUGCCGAGCGGCAUGACGGCGGAACGACUGCUGAAGUGCGGUUACGAGGUGCCCGUGAUCAACGACUUCGCGUACCGAGACAAUGGAGUCUGGCAGUUGGUUUCAGGCCGCACGCUGGCCAAUGUGCGACGACUUCCGGUGAUAUCGCACCUCAAUUACUCAGGACGGUGCGUCGAGGUGUCGGUGCGGGAAUCGGCCUCGCGCGGCGACUCGCAGGCCACGGUGAGCAUCAUCGCGACAGGGAAAGCGGUGCCCUUCUCACAUGAGCAGGUGGCCCACGCGGGUGGAGAGAUGCCGUUGCAGCACGACGCGUCGCUCUCAGCGAUCUGCGCAUGCGUCGGAGGCGUCAUCGCCCGGCGCACGCGAGUUCGCGAGUCGGGGUCUCUGCGCAUUCACCGCGGCUCUAUCGCGCUGCAACUCGGGAUGAUCACGCUCGACCAGACGGCAUUCCGAGCUCGAUGGGAGCGCCUGAGCCGAUGCUUGGUGGGCAUUACUGCCGACACCACGCCUCUGGCGAGAAUCGGAACCACGACCGCCUUUCUGCUGGCCGAGAUGUCGUCGGUGGCCGACGUGGGGCGGCCGCUGUGGGCCGAGUCCACGCGCCGCGGGCACUGCGGACUGACGUCCGACGCGUCGGGCAAGGAAGUGCUGGCGCAGGUGGGCCAGGCGGAGGUGCACGUCACGGUGGCGUCGAACGGCGAUGAUGCCACGGCGCGAGCAGACCCAGCAGCAAAAGGACAGCGACGCGCAGCGGUCGACGCCGAUGGCAUUUAUCGCCCGUCAGCCGCCCUCUUGGAAUCCGACGAGAUCGGACCGCGUGGGACACAGUUGGCGCGAUUAGUGUUUCGCCGAGCAACGUGCGGGCUUCAGUGCGGGGACGAUGCGGUGAUCACGGGCUUGGCGCGCGGCUGCCGAUUCGCGGCCUGCGAACAGGUGCGCGAAGGUCGACAGCACGGCGAGCACGGUACGGUCGCGGCUGCGGUGUUUACUCCUCUGCGCUCGGUCGGUGCGAACGCGCGCAACCUGGCUCGUUUGGCCUUGCAGCGCACGUCGACCGAGGGCACGAACGCGGAUCCGAGCCAUUAUACGCAGUCGUUCUGCGAGGCGACGGGGCGGGUGAAGCAGACGCUCCUUGGAGCUCUCAUGACGCAGGGGCCGCGGCUCAAGCGAGCCACCGGCUACGAUCCCCUGCAGGCGGAGAAUAUGGAGCGGUGGGUCUCGGAGUCCACUCGCCGAGGCCUGGAAGAGCGGCCGAUGACGUCCGACUUGAAGCUGCGCCGGCAACCAGUGAGGCGCAAGCGCUAUGCCCGCUGGGACUUAAAUUGGGACAAAGAGCCCGAUGGUUCCGAUGUGGAGAGCGAGAGCAGCUGGGAUUCGCUGGACGAGCAC